AUGCCUCCACAUUAUAGCACUGGAAGCCCAGCUUUCAUGUUUGACCUUGCGGCCCCUGAGGAAUGGGCUUAUUCACCUGGUGACACCAUCAUCGGCAACUUGGUGCGGAAACUGCCAAUCGUUACCCCUGAAGCGUCCGUGAAGCUAUCAUUUGCUGGCCGCGUGAAGGUCAAGAUCGUCGUGCAGUCAGGACGUACCAAAAAGGUUUAUCGUGACAAUUGGCAGCUCUUGGACUUCCCAGAGAUCGUCCUUUUUCAGGGUCCACUGCAUCUCCCUGAAGGCAGCGAUGAGUCGCUUAGCUGGCCAAUCUCGGUGAACAUUCCAUAUCAGCCCAUGGAUUCGUGUAGACAAGGCCAUAGCCAGAAAUGCAGCUUUGCCCCGCUGGCCAGCGACCACCCAAUUCACCACACUUUGCCGGGGUCCUUUCUGUCCGAGAGUACAAGUUGGGGUGCCAAGUGGAACCCUGACUCACUCGAAUUUGUAGAGUACUAUCUCAAAGCUGAAAUUGGAUACAACUUUGGAGGGCACCACAAGUCCCACGAAGCCAUCUGCCCUAUCACCAUCCGGCCCCCGAUUGUACAGAGCACCGGUGUGCCAAAGAUGUUCAAACAACCAAGGCAUAUCACCACGCAGCGACUGCUUCCAGGAAUGGAAAAUGCAGAUCUUUCGUUCAAACAGCAUGCGCAGAAGCUCUUCUCCUCUUCAAAGGUGCCCAGCUUCCACUAUGAUGUUCUUCUCACUGUCCCGACCUCCAUUCAGCUCGACGACCCAACUCCGAUGCCAAUCCAAAUCCAGGUCAUGCCAAAUCUUGAAAAAACCAGCGACAGCAUCAAAGAAGUUGCGCAAAAUAUCCGCAUUCUGGCCCUCGAAGCAACCCUCCGCCUCAAUACCCAUUCACUGGCACCUGGAAACUUUACAGAUUCCGUACACCAGAGUCAAUACAGCGAGAGUAUCGGCCUGGGUCUGCAGCGCCUCAUGGAGGCUCUCGAGCAACCACUGGUAAUGACCACUGGGAAAGGAAAUGAGCCGUUGAAUAUCGGGGAUCUGUUCCAGUUGACCCUUCACGAUUGGGGUGUCAUGGCUGGAAACAAAAAGCUGCCUUUGGAUUCAUGGAGGAAUACCAAGCUCACGCCCGAUUUCACGACCUAUAACAUCCAGCGUACCCACCAACUGGAGUGGAGAAUCACUCUGGAGAUUGCGGGAGAGAAGGAAAAAUACAAGUUUAUCAACCCGGUGGAGAUUAUUGCUCCGGCAUACUAG